AGUGUCAACAAUGUUUGACGAGUGAAAAAACACAUGUCAUCCUUUCCUUCCAAUUUUGAUUAUUUGAUGUUCUCGUUUUUUGUGUCGCAGUAUUUCAUUAUUCUACCCAUUUGACCUGCGUGCCGAGUUGGCCACUCGCCCAACAAAAACCAAAUAAAUCACACUCGUCCUAUUACGCUGAUGAAAAAGGAAAAGACAGACGCAAUCACAACAUCCCCUGGCUUAAUGACAUGGCAGCUAGGGACAAAACUAAGCACGGUGCAUUUAGGUGUUUUCCCUUUUCUGAACAUGUAGUCAAAACAAGAGGCCUCUGAGAGUGAUGUCUCCCAUUACUGAUGUGGUUGUGGCUUUGGGCCGGGUCUUUGGUUUCACAGGCUCGUCCCAAGGGAGAGGGGCUCACCCCGUACCAGGGGAAGAAGAGGUGUUUCGGGGAGUACAAGUGCCCCAAGUGCAAGAGGAAGUGGAUGAGCGGGAAUUCCUGGGCCAACAUGGGACAAGAAUGUAUCAAGUGCCACCUCAACGUGUACCCGCACAAGCAGCGACCUCUAGAGAAACCCGAUGGCCUGGACGUGUCUGACCAGAGCAAGGAGCACCCCCAACACCUUUGUGAGAAAUGCAAAGUGCUCGGCUACUACUGCCGGCGAGUACAAUAACCAUCACCAGGAAAACAGACCCCUCUGGGUUUUAAUUUGAGUGGGUUAUUUUUGAAAUGACCACACCCUGUAUUCAGUCCCAGGUCAAACCUGUUCUGGCUCAUGGUCGCUUCUUCUUUUUGUUAUUUCGGUUGGGCCCUGGUCAUUAUGUGAAGGACUCUAUGGUUGAAGUUAGGGAACUAAGAACAAUGUGACUUGACAAGCUGUGAAUUAAGAAAGGUUGGAUUAGCCGCUUUCUUUUCAUCAUGUUUAGACAUGUUUUGAAGAGGUUCCGCUUCUUUUUAUAUAUUUGGUUUUGAGUUACAUUUGUAUAUUUCAGAAGUAACAAAAAGUUGUCUACCAAGGUAUUUUCUGUAUAAAAUAUGAAACAAAUCUCUACUAAUGUUUUAAUAAGAUGUAUCUGUAUUGUCAGUGUUUUCGGAUGGUACAUAACUUUUUUUAAGGUCAAUAAUGCUUUCUGUAUUACUGCUUUCAUGAAUAUGCUAUCAUACUAACCAUUAUGUUAAAUUGCAUAUGUAAUAAUUUUCCUGUUCAGCCAAAGAGUAAGAACAUAUAGAGGUAUAUUUUGUAUAUUAUCCACACUUAAGAUGAGUAGACAUUUUUCGUCUACUUUUAUUGGAUUGCGUGCCAAGGAAACAUAUUGUUAAAUGAUCAAUGAACCAGACUGUUUAUAACCUGUAAUUGUAUGAUACAUUAACUCCCUCAGUGCCUUUGACUAACCUAUAUGUGAGGGUUGGUAGUAUAUAUGCAUUAAACUAUAUUAAGAGGGAUGAAUUCCUCCUGCUGCGUGCACCUAAAUCUCCAAACCUGAGAUAAAGCUGAGAAACUCCAUAAAAACAGCCACAACCACAACCAGAACACAUCGACAAAUACCUUCAAACUUGGGUCCAGUUGCAACUUUAUUGUGGCAGUAGAUGUGGUAUUACUUGAGAUGAACAAAAUCAUUCAAAAGAACAAACUAGAGCAGAUCUCCAAGAGAUCAGUCACGGUUGUAACAGGGAGUGCAAAAACUCCUCAGAAUGCCGCUCUAUCUCUCUGGCAAGAAAACCCAAACAGACUAUGACCAGAGAUUGCCCUUUGAGGUGAGAUUUGAGAUUAACCUCCCAAUUUAAA